AAAAACGGAUAGAGAGUUUGAUUGUUUGAAAAACAAAACCUUUUUCUUUCAUGGCUUCUUUAUGCUCUGGAUGAUCAGUUCUUGAUCUUUCCUUCGAAGGUACGACCCAGAGCAUGGAGCUCGUGUAGCUCCUAUUCAGUUGAUACUGGUUUCUUCUCACCAACCUCUAGCUGGUUUAGAAGAAUUUUGCCCUAGAAGGGUUUUCGUUCUUUUGUCCAAUAUUGAAGAUUUGGUGAAGAUAAGAAGAUGAUUGUUCGAACCUACGCUCGUCGGAAUCGCUGCAUCAGUCGAAGCUACUCAGACUCGGGAUUCGAUGGAGGUCUCGAAGAUAGCUUCAGGGAUCCUCACUCGCAAGAAAAUUCGCAAGAAAUUUGUAGCUUUGCGUUCUCAUCUCAAGACUCGUCUCCUUGGUCUUUCGAUUCGGAUGUUUACCCUUUGAAUUCGUCUCAAGGUUCGUUCUCCGCCCUACCUCCGCGACCACCGGCUGGCGAUUCCUCGUCGCAGGGAAAUGGUAUCGUUCGUGAGUCAAAGAAGCAGGUAAAUAUAGCUCGCAAAUCAGAAGAAAUUAAGAAAAACAAGUCGUCGAUUUCUAUGGGGGUUCGGUCGAUUUCUGUACCUGCUACUUCUACCUUGAUGGAAGCGCAAGAAUUCGGGGAGAUGAUGGAGCACGUAGAUGAGGUGAAUUUUGCGUUGGAUGGGCUCCGGAAGGGCCAGCCAUCACGUAUACGGCGUGCAAGCUUACUGUCUCUGUUAUCCAUCUGCUCCACUGCACAACAACGGCGGCUUCUAAGAGCUCAGGGGACCGCGAAGACAAUUAUUGAUUCUAUUCUGGGCAUCAAAUUUGAUGAUUCCCCCAGCACUCUGGCUGCUGCUGCUCUUUUCUACAUUUUGGCAAGUGAUGGUCAAGAUGAUCACCUUUUGGAUUCACCAAUUUGCAUUCAUUUUCUGCUUAAAUUAUUGAAACCACCUAUUGCUGAUACCACAGUAGAAAAAGCACCAACAAUUGGUUCUAAGCUUCUAUCGUUACAUAAGGAUCCUGGUGCUUUGAGAAAUGCCGCAAAAAUAUUAGAUUCUACUUCCAAUGCUAUCAUUUUGAAAGUUCAUGAGCUUCUUUUGAGUUGCAAGGAGAUAAAAGUAAGCAAUGUGGACAAUGAUGGGAUGGGCAGGCCAGAGUUGAGCCCAAAAUGGAUAGCUCUGCUGACAAUGGAGAAAGCAUGCUUAUCUGCUGUUUCUCUUGAAGACACCUCUGGCACCGUGAGAAGGAUUGGAGGAAAUUUCAAGGAAAAAUUUCGAGAAGUUGGAGGACUAGAUGCUGUGGUUGAUGUGGCAGCAAAUUGCCAUUCCAUUAUGGAGGGAUGGUCGCCAUCUAGUUUGUCCUCUAUUUGGGAGUUAAAAGAUGAUGUGGCUCUGCAAAAUUUGGUGUUCCUCUUAAAAUGUUUGAAGAUCAUGGAGAAUGCAACUUUCCUGAGCAAGGAUAAUCAGAAUCAUUUACUUGGGGUGGACAGAAACUUGGACCGGGAUGGAUCCCUGCUUUCUUUUGCAGGACUCAUUCUAAGUGUCAUUAAAAUUCUUUCAGGUCUCUCUUUGCUUCACAGCUCAUCCACCCAUUCCAAUGAUGAAAAACAUCAUUCUUUUUCUGAAGGGAUGGAUCGUGCUUCUGAAAUUUCUUUGAAGGAAGACGAAAAAGAUGACCGAAAUGGUAGUUUAGCUUAUUCUUCUAUAGGAUGUUGUAACACAGAGCGUGCAACUGACAUAAAAGGCUUCAAAGUACCUCAAAAACGUCAAAGGUUGUCAUCCAGUUCCCAAUCAAGGGUGUCUGUGUCAAGUUUUGAGGCCACUACUGCAUGUUCGGUAAAGAAGGGAGAAAAUUCAUUCACUUCAGGUUCUCUCAUUGGGAGAUUAAAGAAUUCACAUGGUGGAAUUGUUGGAAAUGCUGAUGGAUCGAAGAUGAAUGCAGGUUCAAGCAAAAGACCUAAUGUCACUGAAGACAUUAAAUAUGGAAGUCAAGAAGACAGUCAAGAUCCGUUUGCAUUUGAUGAAGAUGAAUGGGAACCCACCACAUGGGAUUUAUUAUCUAAGAGAAAAAAAGUACCCCCAACUAGGAAAAGUAGGUUGGCAAUUAGAGAGCCUGAGGAGGGAUGUGAACCCCUAUUGAGAACAAGUCACCUUGAAUCAAGUAAUUCAGAAAAUCAUUAUUCCUGUGAACCCUCCUGUUCAUCUUCAGCUGGAAAGGAAAACUCUGAACUUCUUGAUGACUGUCUUCUUACUGCUGUUAAGGUUCUAAUGAAUUUGACGAAUGACAAUCCUGUAGGAUGUCAACAGAUAGCUGCUUGUGGAGGACUAGAAACCAUGUCUGAUUUGAUUAUUUGCCACUUCCCGUCAUUUAGCUCAUGCUUAUCUCCCCACAGCCAGCUUGAAGAGAAUGUCUUAUCAUCUAUUGAACUCGAUCGUCCGGAUGACAGACAUCUUACAGAUCAAGAGUUAGAUUUUCUUGUUGCUAUUUUGGGCUUGCUUGUGAACUUGGUUGAGAAGGACAGUCACAACAGAUCACGGCUAGUGGCAGCCAGUAUUGCAUUACCUGGCUCAAGAGGAUCAAAAGGGAAGGAGGGUUGCAGGGAUGUAAUUCAACUACUGUGCACCAUCUUUUUGGCCAACCAAGGAGCUGGUGAGGCAGUUGGAGAUGGAAAAGUAUCGCCCUGGGAUGAUGAGGCUGCUGUGCUGCAAGGUGAGCGUGAGGCCGAGAAGAUGAUUAUAGAGGCUUAUGCAGCUCUCCUUCUUGCUUUCCUUUCAACUGCAAGUUGGAGUGCACGUGAAGCUAUUGCUAGCUGUCUCCCAGAUCACAAUUUGGAAGUUCUUGUUCCUGUAUUGGAAAGAUUCGUGGCAUUUCAUCUGACGUUGAAUAUGAUCUCACCGGAAACCCACAAAGUAGUGAGCGAAGUAAUAGAAUCUUGUAGGGGGCCUUGAGAACGUAGAGAUUUUGUAUAGUCUCACUCAUCUCUUCCUCAAAGUUUCGGACUAACUGUUUGUUUACUAACAUGAUGCUCUGUGGUUAUUUGGGGUGGCUGUGGAACAAUAUCUUGGAUUUUGAAACAGGUUGUAUUCUGGUUGAUGAAUUCUCUUUUUUUUUUUUUUUUUUUUUUGGGGGGGGAGGGUCCCCUUCUUUCUUUUCUACAUUAUUUGCCAGCUCUAUGUGCGGGUGGUGUUACACUCCUACUGCUGAAUGGUUGUAUACUAACUAAAUAAUAUCAGAAUUUCAAUUGUUGUUCUUGUUCU